AUGUCAGAGGCAACCACCAAAGCGUGCGCCGAAGCCCUUCUCGCCAGCUGGAUCAGUCGAUUCGGAGUGCCAGACGAGAUCACGAUGGACCGCGGACCUGUUUUCCUGUCGGAGUUGUGGACCGCCUUGGCCCGCCUAAUGGGGACAUCGCUACACGCCACCACCGCCUACAACCCGGCAGCUAAUGGCUUGGUGGAGGGAGUCCACCGAUUGCUCAAGGCUUCCCUAAUGGCACGCUGCACCGGUGAAGAUUGGAAGAGCCAGCUACCAUGGGUCCUCCUCAGCCUCAGGACCGCCCCGCGGGCGAACGGCGAGGCAUCACCCGUGGAGAAGGUAUACGGGGAACCACUGACAGUCCCUGGCGAGUUCUUCCCAACCAAUGCUGGCGACGCCGACGUCUCCAUCGCCAGACUUCGGGAAUCCGCUGGGAGAUUCACGCCCUGUAUCAAAACCUUCUCUGACAGGACCAAACACUUCCUCCCGAAGGCCCUAUCAUCAUGCGAACACGUCUUCAUCAGGGACGACGCCCGCCGCUAA